UUCUAUUUCCUGUAUUUCCUUUAUUUCUUUUGUAGAUUUUUUCUUUUCUUUUCUUUUCUUUUUCCUUUUUUUUUUUUUUUUCCUUUGUUGUCCAGCAGCAGCGGCGAUGGCGGUGCUCGAUGACGAUGGCGUCCUGUUUCGAUGCCGUUCGUCGGAGGGCAUCGCCGUCGCCAUGAGGCUGGUUGGGUGGGGGUCGGGCCUCACCUAGGUCUAGGUACCGUACCCCCCUGCCUACUCUACCCUUGCUGGUUCGGUUGUAUAUCUUUAUGCCUCUUACUACUACCUACCUGCCUACCUACCUACCCGCUUCUUCAUUUCGGCUCAGGCCGUCUGGCACGGCCGUGGGCUGGUUGGGGGAAAGGGCGGUUUGCUUGCUUGCUUACUUGGCUUGGCUUGGCUUGGCUUGGCUUGGCUUGGGCUUGCUGGAGCAUGCGGGAGCGCUUGCAUCGCUUGCGGUGUUGGCUCGUUGCAUCGUUGCAUUGUUGUUGUUGUUGUUUUUUCCGUUGGGGUUGGGCGUUCGGUCGGGGGGCUCCCGUGUCCAGUGCGGAUGGAUGGGGCCCGGGUAAUGAUGUCAUGAUUUGGAUGCCUUUGCGUGGCUAGUGGCUACCUACCUAGCUGGGUGCUUGGUUGUAGUGGUGGUGGUGUAGCUGUAGUUUUGUGUAGAGUGGGUGUAGAGGGUAAUGCAUUGAUGAUUGACUCACUUGGGUGGUUGUGCGCUUGUGCUUGUGAUGUGAGUGUUCGGUUUUGCUUUGUACUUGGACGGAAAAGUGUCCAUGGCAUUCAAGGCAGGCAGGUGCAGUUAUCAUCGCUCCUACCUGCGCACGCUUUCAUACCUGAGAAAGACAUACCUUACUGACACCAGCAUGUAGCGAGAUGUUUACAAGAUAAACCAUAUAUAAUAGGGACGGAUAAUUU